AACUGAUUCCGCAGUAUUUUCUUGUUCACCAAAAUUAAAUACCUUUCAGUGUGCUACGGACCUUUGCCGAAUUUAGUCGCGGAGAGUAAAAGUAAAUUAGCACAAAAAUGAAUCGACAAGUGAUUUACUUCUUGCUGUGCAUCUCUUCCUUCGUUUCUAUAGUUUAUGGACAAGCGGACUGUAUCAUUUGUGAUUCAAGGGUGAAUGCAUCCUGUGCCACGCUUGAGGGCAUUUCUCUCCUGUCUGGGCGAUGCGAAUUAGACACAGAGUGUCUAACAAAUAUCGACGAAAAUGGCAACACUAUAAGAGGAUGCCCUGCAGACCUCAUGACUAGCUGUGCCGGUUUGUGUUCCGUUUGUAUGGGAGUGAAUUGCAAUGAUCGAAUUUACCCUGCUGAUCGCCUCGAAUGCCAUCAGUGUGUCAACUGCCCAGCUGCUUUGGAGACUAAUCUCCAGCCAUGCGUGAACUACCAAGCCAUUGAUCAGUGCUUUGUUGCCGUAGAGGAGCAAAAUGGAAUCCUAACCACCUACCGUGGUUGCGCAUCGGACCCUCAAGAUAAUAUCGCUCAACAAGGCUGUACAAAUAAUGAUCAAUACUGUAUGAAGUGUGAAGGCAGUGGGUGCAAUAUUGAUCCUCAAUCCACCCCGAGUAUCCUAACGUGUGUCCAAUGCAAUCCAGAUGAUGAAAUUUGCAAUGAUCCCCAAGAAAUAGAUGCAACUGUGUGUACGCAUCAGGUUCCAUUGGGACGAACGGAUGAAUGCUACACGUAUAGAUUGGGAGAUGGACGAGCACAGAGGGGAUGUUUGUUGAAUCCAUCUACCCCACAGGAAUAUCUGGAACAAUGCUACGGAGAAGACAGAACAUGCGAUACGUGCUCAACUCCAUCCUGCAACGCUGGCCAUCCACUGGAAGUGGAUAUUUUCUAUUGCGUUGUUUGCGAUGAAUCAGUAGACCCAGAUUGUAGACUCUUGAAUAGCCAACAUGAACCACAACAAUGCCCAGAGGGACCACUCUACGCUAGAGGGUGCUACCGAUAUGAGUCAAAUAACAUCGUCAGAAGGGGUUGUGUAUCGAGCUUGGCUGGUACACAACAGCUUGAAGAUUGUCACGCUGGCGAAAUUUGUAAGAUUUGCUUCACAGAUGGAUGCAAUGCUAAAGUUGAUUUCCAACGUUGCUACAACUGCAAUUCUGGCCUUGAGGUGGACUGCCUUAGGGUACAGAAUAAUACGCGACCAGUACGAGUAUGUCAGGACUACAUGGACACCUGUAUUAACAUCAUUCAGGACCUAACUAGGAAUACAAUUCGUGGUUGUGCAUUUGAAGUUGACAACCUGCAUAAUACACUUGAAACUCAUCGCCAAACGUGUGCUACUAAUUUCUGCAACAGCGGUAUCUAUCCUAGUUGGAGAACAACUUGCCAUCAAUGCGACACCGGUGAAGAGUGCAACAGGGACAGCACAGAGACAAGUGAAUUCCUCCUACCUUGCAAGAUCUUCUGGCAAGACGAUUCUUGCUAUUCCGUACUGAGAGAACGACAAGCUCUCCGUGGAUGUUUGAGUGAUGGUGAUUUGAAUGCAGCCUACUGCCAGUCGGCUGCAACAUGCGAAGCCUGUCUUGGAGUUGGAUGCAACUCUAGGCCAGCUGUUCGACCACCACAGAUGUCCUGCAUCACCUGCUGGGAUCAUGAAAUGUGCAACUGGGGCUUCCCUGAACCAGUCGGCUAUGAAUGCCAGGAGGAUGUGUGGAUGGGACAGCAAGAGGGUUGCUACACAGGAAUUGAUCCGGAGGGGAAUGUAACACGAGGCUGUAUUCUCAGCAGCAUUCAAGGUUGUCCCGAAGACAGUUCCUGUAACUACUGCUACUCCAACAAUUGCAACAGCCUUGCCGUCACCAGACAGCAGUGCAUUCACUGUCGCAGCAGUUCACCCGGCCAGGAAUCUUGUGCUGAAUCAGCUGAAGAUUUAAUUUCCAGAGAAUGUUCAGGUGACUAUCAACCCUACCCAACAAGAGGAUGCUACACAAUGAGAAUACAGAAUGAUGUUGUCAUUCGUGGCUGUUUGAGGGACUUGCAUCCAGAUGACUAUGUUGCUUGCCAAGAGGAAGACAACAACUUCUGCGAUCUCUGCCUGGAACAGGGAUGCAACACCGAUGUAGCACCACAGGGUGGUACAGCUUCCGCAAUGCAUCUAUCACUGAUUGCCUUCCUGAUUUCCCUUGGAAUUUUCAGAUUUAUUUGAAUUUUGUAAUUUUGUGUAAUUUUUUUGAAGAACAAUAAAGAGCAAGAUAAGCAA